GUGAGUAACUUUGAAUGUGUUGGUGCAUUUUCACAAUUUUUGUAAAAAAUAGUUAUUAUUAAUGACUGAUUGAAAAGUUGUUACUAGGGCUGUCCCAAACGACUAAUUUCCUCCCGAUUAGUCAGCCGACUAUUUUUACGAUUAGUCAACUAAUCUUAUAAUUUUUUUUAUUUUUUAUUUUUUUUUACUAAUUUAGCAAUGAAAUUUCUUUUUGACGCUUGUCAAUUCACAAAACAUUUUGGAACACUUAAGUUCUUGAUUAAGUUACAAAUAAACAGAUAAAUAACAAUAAUAAAUCACAAAUAAACAAUGAGUUCAAAUGCUGAUAGAAUUAACUUGUGCAAAAGAAUUGAAUGUAAACAGAUUCAGAACACUGACUUCACCUUUCCAAAAUGAUUCAAAACAAUUCUAAAAAAAAAAUACCUAGCAUUAAUAUUGUAGUAUACUGUAGUACUAUAUAUAAUAGUAUCAUAAUAAUUAUUCAUUGCCAAUCAGAAUUUUCAUAAAGGGUGUCAUUUUAAAGGUAUUCUUGGUGUAGAAUCUGAAGUAUGUGGGAUUAACUCCAGAAAUCGUUAUUUACAGUGGGGAGAACAAGUAUUUGAUACACUGCCAAAAUGCUUUUAUUUUGCAAUGUUCACCGGAAGUACGUUCGCUAAACCGCUAAUUUAAGCUUUACACUCCGCAAAAAAGCACUUUUUUGUCAUUGCAUGUGUUGUCAGUAAUAGAUUUUUUUUUCCUUUUGCAAAUGCUGUUAACCAGCGAUUUUUCAUGUUUGAAUAUAACCUUUUAACUGCAAGUUUUGGAGAAGGCGGCCUGUUUUAUAGCCGGCUAAAGUAGGUCGUCUUUUUUCCCCAUUCACCUCAAUGUAGCAAUGCGAACGUAUAUAGUGUUUAAUAUAGAUGUGUUUUCUUAUUUUGUAUGUCUUAACUUUAAUUCUACAGCGUGUUGAUGAGAGAAAUAUGCCAUCAGCACGCACGCACAAAUGUACGCAUGCAUGCACGCGCGCGCAGCGAUAAAACGCAACCGUGAAAAUGACCGCCUUCAUUUUUAUUUACCAUGCGAUAAAUGAACUCAUUGCAUAUCGCGGCAGGCUUUGCAACUUCAAUAAAACAUGUCAUUAGUUAGUUAGACGGACUUACAAUCUCCUGUUGUUAUCAUUCACGGCCGACGUGCAGCCAAGCUUGGCAUUGAAGAGACAGGACACAACAGUGUACCCUCCUUUGUUUCUUUAAAAAUAAGUCAAUGUUUUGGACUCUGGUACGCUUUUUUUGGCUUUGUGCCGCUUUGCCCGCUUGCAUACCAAGCGUCCGAGAUUCUGAACUUUCCACGCAUUUAUUUUUUUAACCCUUAAUUAGCCGUCGACGGGGUGUUGUGCUCGUCGACGGAUUUACGUCAUCGAUGACGUCGACCAUGUCGACUAGUCGGGACAGCUCUAGUUGUUACCAAGUUGUGUUUUACAUUUUUUACAUCGUUAUGUUGAUAAGUGAGAAGGGGGGGGGGUCGUAUGAGUAACUGUGAAUGUGUUGGUGCAUUUUCACCAUUUUUGUAAAAAAUAGUUAUUAUCAAGUUAACAAACAAAUUAUAUACAUAAAUCUCAUCACCCGUGUGCUUUAGUAUGUACAUUUCAACAUUUUACACUCUGAUUGCAAUUGAUAAGUGAAGAAACAAAUGUAUAAUGUUAUAGUCUGUGGACCCCCUGAAAUAGCCUCGGCCACCCCCUGGCCACCCCAAGAAUAAAAGUCUAGCUCCGCCACUGUUUCUUAUGAUCAUAUUUCUGCUGGAAUGAGAGAGUGUUCCUGUCAUCUCUACUCUUGUAAGUUGAACGAUUUAUCCACUUUUGGUUUCAAUACGUUUUUGUUUUUUUACACUGUUGUGUAAACCUGCCUCAGUAGCAAUGCUCGCCUACUACGACUCACCUACCUGUUGUGUUCCUAGGUAAACCUGCUGACAACACAUCCCGAUUGGUCACCAUCUCUCUUCUUGGAUCAUUUGACUAAGAAAAUGUGUUCAAUGGAGUGGUUCAAUUUGUCCUGUGUCGGACUCAGACAAGCCCCUGCAGCAGACGCCAUCUGGGUCUGCCCUUCUUGUCGAUACUUGUGAAAAUGCAAGAACUUUAAUGCACAUAUUUAUUCUGCCUGGCUAUUUAACUAAGGCCAGUGAAGUUUUUUUUUUUUUUUAACCACUUUGACAAAGACACGUUUCAUUGUAAUGUUGAAUUUAUAUAUUCUAUUUAGGGCUGUCAAAAUUAUCGCGUUAACGGGCGUUAAUUAAUUUUUUUAAUUAAUCCCGUUAAAAAAUUUGACGCAAUUAACGCACUUGGCCCAGCUCAGACAGAUUUAAAUGACAGAGGAAUGAAAGGCCCACUUGUUAAUUGUGUUUUGCGGAGUUUUGCUGCCCUCUGCUGGCGCUUGGGUGCGACUGAUUUUAUAGUGUAAGUAAUUAUUGCCAUCUACAAUGGCGGCCUACAAGUUUAUUUUUUGAUUGAAAAUUUUACAAAUUUUAUUAAAACGAAAACAUUAAGAGGGGUUUUAAUAUAAAAUUUCUAUAACUUGUACUAACAUUUUUCAUAAAGAACUACAAGUCUUUCUAUCCAUGGAUCACUUUAAAAGAAUGUUAAUAAUGUUAAUGCCAUCUUGUUGAUUUAUUGUUUUAAUAAACAAAUACAGUCCUUAAGUACCGCAUGCUGAAUAUAUAUAUAUAUAUAUCCAUCUUGCGUCUUAUCUUUCCAUUCCAACAAUAAUUUACAGAAAAAUAUGGCAUAUUAUAUAGAUGGUUUGAAUUGCGAUUAAUUUUUAAGCUGUAAUUAACUCGAUUAAAAUUUUUAAUCGUUUGACAGCCCUAGUAUUAAUACUAUAAAAAUGGUCAUGUAUAUGUGAUGCAAGUUAAACAUUUCUCAGAACUAUCACGUAAUGACCUCAUUUAAAUAAAAUGCUCGUUGGAAUUCUACAGGCAGGAAGAUAACUGUCACAAUUAAAAAUGAAAACCUGAAAACCUUCACGCACAGAAAGGACAACACCCUCGGCUGGGAUGAAACUCGCACCAGUUAAAGCCAACGGGUGCACCCACUCUGGGUCCAAGUGGGGACUGAAUCAGCCCUCCGAUCAUCUAAUCUCCGGACAACCUGGCCCCCACUCCUUACACCCGGGUCACCCUGCAGCCCCACCAGAUCAGCGAGUCACCCAGCUCACUGUGUUAAUGAAGGCCGUGCAUCCAGACUUUAGACAUGGUUUUGUAUCCUUUUCCAGCUUCAUACAAAUCAACAAUCCUUAAUUGCAGGUCUUCAGACAGCUCUUUUGACUGAGCCAUGAUGCACAUCAGACAAUGCCUCUCAUCAAGACAAUUCUUACCAGGUGUGUGUUUUAUCGUGGGCAGAGCAGCUUUAAACCACUCAUCAGUGAUUGGGCACACACCUGACUUAUAUUGUUUGGUAAAAGUUGGUCUUAAUUGCUCUUUAAGUCUCCUUAGGCAGAGGGUUCACUUAUUUUUCCCCCUUCGGUCAUUGUUUGCAUGCUAUCCUCAUUAAAAUAUGAAAACUUAAAAAUAUUUGGGUGGUUUUAGUUAAAGUAGACAGUUUUUACAUCUGUUUGGUUUUGACAAAGAUCACAUUUGAUGCUGAUUUCAUGCAGAAAUGUGAGAAAUUAAAAAAUGUUCAGAUACUUUUUCAUACCACUGAAUGCUAAAUCCUUAAUAAAUGCUGCAGGUACAAUCACAAAUAGAAAUGACGCAUAGCAAAACAAAUUAUAAAUACAAAUCGUCAUAAUAAUAAUACAAUUAUAAUGUAACGAAUCAGGUUCUAAUGUGGCGCCUGUGUUUUGCAUGCUGUUCCUAAACGCACCAUGUCACUGACAAGUGGGUGAGAGAAGUGUGGAAGAGUGGAAACUUUUUACUUUCUCGAUUCAUGUUCUGUUGUUGUUGUUGGCGUCGGCUACAGCGAACAGUAGCUGUGUUGUGUUGCACAAGUUCUGAAAUAAAUAAUCUGGCGACUUUCUUGCUUAUGCUACAAUAAUAAUAAUUGGCACCUUAACUGUUAAAGACUGGCGAACGGGGGUCGGAGGAGGACUGUCAAGAUCGUAGACAUACACUGACGCACACGCUUAUAUUUUUCUAUCAUUUCCAUCUUAAUUUCAAUCGUAAGCGUCACCCUUUUCCGUUUUUCACCACCUGCACUAACCUUUUUGCAACCCAUGUUGAUUUCUCUCGCAAGAAAAUCCGCGUGCGUCCGUCCGUCUUGCGAGAAAACACUAAUUCUGACGCUGUCAUAAAUCAUAUUUCAAGCAUGUCGUCAUGUGUCGAAAAAAAUGAUGGGUCAAAUUUUACGUCGGAGGUCAAAAGGAUCGUAUGUGGUGUUCAUAUGUCGAGGGUACUACAGUAUAUCAUCGGCUGCCAUUGACAACAGCUGUAAAAAAAUUUCUCAAUGCCAUUCAUCUCAAUUCAAACGGAUUUGAUUUUGAUUAUUAAAAGUCUACUGAUAUUGGGUCGAUGUAUGGACUGUACAGUAAUAACAUGUUCAAUGCUUCGCUGAUUAUCUUUCUUAUAAAGGUCUACCGAUAUAUCGGGCCGAUAUAUGGAUUUUUGUUCUUUUCAAGAUCGGCCGAUAUAAGCCAAAUAGGAUAACUGUUAUGGUCACUGUUAGGGUGAUCUCUGUUAAUUGUGAAUUUGUACCAGCCAUAUACAUAUAUGUUGUCAAAAAAUGCACUGGUUGUGAGUCAGUGUCAGUAAAUAUCUUAUAACAAUGGAUUGGUCCCCUGUUUAAAAGAAAUCAUAUCAAGACGACAAAAGAAUGGUCCAAACAACGGGAGUAGUCAUCGCACACAAAGUCGAAAAAGGACAGAACAUCAUUUAUAAAAACUCACAAAUACCCUCAAUUUAGAAAUUUCGCAAAGAUGAAGCAGUAUUAGUCAUUCAUACCUGACAUGUCUUCCAAUCCAAACUUUUAAUGGCGCCGAAUUGUGCUCUUCCGUCUCCGCAUGUCUUCUUUCAAAGCGCAACGGAGUCCAUUCGAAUAGUUUAAUUGUUCAAAUCAGAUAAAAAACAUGAAGUUUUCCAUGUAAAUUCGGCUUAACCCUGAAAACCAAGGACCACAAUGCACUUCCUUAGCUCUUGCGUGACGUCAUGAAACAGCGACUCAAUCAAAUUGUUUACAAAGCGCGCGUCGCUGUUUUUGUGUUUUGUGUCAUUCGUUAUGACUUCUUGAAGCGUGUUUGCUUUAAAGUUUUCUCCGUUUCUGCAUGGCUGCUCCGUCACCGGACAUAAAAGUGGCAAGAAAGACCAGAAAAAGACGCGAAUGAUAAAGUUCACUCAAAAAUAAGGCUGCGUUGACACCUUUCACUUCACUGCAGGAACACUCCACUUUGGUAAAUUUCCACUUUCACUUUGGUUCGUUCAUUUAAUAAGACGCGUGGCAUUCCACUUUGGCAAAUUUCCACUUUCACUUGGGUUCGUUCAUUUAAUAAGACGCGUGGCUGUGCUAGCGUCCACCGGCGAUGGACUUCACCGAGUGCUACGAGGACUCCGUGUCGACGGUGGCCGCCGCGGCUCGCACCGGUCCCAGGAAGCGUCUUAGACGGCUUAUCCGCCUCGGUCGCACUGUGGACCUUGCGGACAACCGAGGCUGGAGGGCCAUUCACGAGGCGGCCGCCGCCGGCAGGGUGGGCUGCCUCAAGGAUAUCCUGUCUGCGGCCGCUAUGACUGCCGGCUCGUCGUCGGGAUUCCAAGCGUACGUCAACUCCACCACCCACGAGGGCGAGACGGCCUGCUACCUGGCGGCCGAACGCGGCCACCUGCCCGCCCUCCGCCUCCUCCUCAAAGCCGGAGCCGACAUCAACCAGCAGACCAACGACCUCUCGUGUCCACUCUUCGCAGCGGUCACUGACAGCCACAAGGACAUGGUGCAGCUCCUGUUGGCCAAGGGCGCAUUGGUGGACAGGUCGCACACCGCUUCCUGCUGGACGUGCCUUCAUCAAGCUGUCUAUGUGAAUAACGUGGACAUCGUGCGCAUAUUGGUGACGCAGGCCAAGCUGGAGGCAUGCGACGACCACGAGAUCACGCCUCUCUUCCUGGCGGCACAGUAUGGACGCCGUGAAUGUCUGGAAGUCCUGGUCCAAGCCGGCGCCGAUGUGAAUGCGCAGGCCCGCGACUUGGCUACGCCGCUCUUUCUGGCUUCCCAGGAGGGUCACCUGGCCUGCGUGGAGUUUCUAUUGGAGCACGGCGCCGACGCCAACCUGGUGUGCAGCGAGGACUGGCCGCAACUUCCCAUCCACGGCGCGGCGGAGUUCGGCCACCUCGGCAUCCUCAAGCGAUUGGUCGCUGUGACGGAACGCACGUGCGACUGCGGCCAGGGCCAGGUGAGCCCGCUCUACCAUGCUGUUGAAAACCGAAAUACGCACUGCGUAGAAUUCCUCCUUUCCGAGGGCUUCAGCCCCGACGCGCAGGACUGCAGCGAAAUUUUAAGGCUGUACUCGCCGCUGAACGUCGCCUUAAAGGACAGACACAGCUCCGAGACGGCGAGGAUGCUGCUGGCGGCGGGAGCGGCUCUGCGCAAGAAUGAGUGGGUAGUCGUUCUGACCAAAACCCACCCGCUCCAGCUGGUUCUGGAGCACAGGUGGCUGUACCCCCCGCGUUUCCCUGGCGACGAGCCCGUCACCUGCGGGAGUAAGAGGGCGUUGAGGCCGGAGGAGUUCGCCGACAUGUGGAUGAUGGCGUUGAAGCAUCCAAAGUCAGCCUGCAAGUGGCUGCCACCUCUAAUAAGAGCGGGACUCAAUCCCUAUCUGAUGCUGCAGACAAACAUACUGACGAAAGCCAAAGGUAGCAUUGUUAACUUUCUGCUCCAGUUUGUCAACUGGUCAACCUUGUCGUCGUCUUCCAAUGCCAUAUUGUGCCAAAGACGAGCAGAAGGCACGUGGCAACCACUCCCGCAAUUUGACGCCAUCCCCGACCUCUUGCACCUCUGCCGGCUGCAGCUCAGGUCGCUGACGGGACCGGACUUGGUGUUGAAUUCGGGCGUUGUGAAGAGGCUCCCCGUGCCCACACUGCUUCAUAGCUUCCUACAGUUUAAAGAUAUCCAGGUGGACAACACCGAUUUCUCUUAAUACGAUCGUUGGCUGCCCUAGACGGCGAUAGACGGCAAAUCCAUCGCCCUUCCGGAUCUAAAGACAAUUAGAAGGUGUCACUGAAACGUGAUCCUUCGCUGAAUUUGAUACGUUCACAGUUAAGUUUGUUAAAAAUAUUUGUUCAGUUACUGUAUUUUUGUCACAUUGGUGAAAUAAAAACUGGUUUGUAUAAUUUGUACACAU